GCGCAAUGUCGGGGCCAUACGGUUACGGAGGAUACGGGGGUUACAACGCUCCCGGCCCCGGGGGGUACGGGUACCCCCGACCUGGGUACCCUCCCGGACAAGCCCAGGCUCGCCCAGCAGGCUAUCCGCCCGGUCAGCAGCCCCCACCAGCCGGCCCUCCUCAGGGGUACGGACCUCCUAGACAACAAUACCCACCUGGGCAGCAGACCGGUUACCAAGGUUACCAGCAACAACCUGGAUACGGCAUGCCAGGAUACCGACCUCCUGCAGCACAGCCUCAGGGAUACACGCCAGUUCCGGGCACUACAGCCGGCUACACACCACCCAUCUCUCAACCGCCCCCCAUGGCAACCUCCGGCCACGGUCCCAUGGUGACAGCAGGCCACGUUCCUACAGUCAGUUCAGCCAACAGGCCCCCGAUGUACGCGCAGCCCCCCAGACCAGGCCCCCCUGCUCCCGGACCUGGAGGAUUCCGACCUACCAGACCUGCUGGCCCAACUGUUCCCCAGUCCUUCCCUGAACUCUAUGGUUUGAGCACAGAAGAAUUGGAAAAGCUAAUGGACAAUGACGCAGCAGUUUUGGAGUAUUUCGAGAGCAGAGAUGAUAUAAAGAGACUCCAAGAAGAUAGGACGAAGAUAGUGGAACGAAACGAAACACUAGCCCUCGAGAACCUCACCCUUAAACCGCAAUUAGAGGAAAAACAGCAGGAACUCAUUGCCCUGUACUCAGAGUUGGAGUCAAAGCGAAACGAGCUGAGCGAUCUUCAACAACAGCAACAAGCUCUGGCUGACCACUACGCUCCCCAUAACAUUCUGGCCAGACUCAAGAUUGCAGCCUCGGAGGUUGAAGAUGAAACUGAGGCUAUAGCGGAGAAUUUCCUGAACGGUGACAUUGCGAUAGACGAAUUCCUCAAAACAUACAUUCCAAAAAAAACGCUGUGUCAUAGUCGCAGAGCAAAAGAGGAGAAAAUGGAACGGAUGGGAAUCUAGAGAAAACGUGAGGCUGUUUCCAACGAAGAUGAUCGUCCUGAUGAUGAAUGAUUUGGAACGAUUCCAAUUUAUUUGCAUCGAGAUUAACUGGCUCGGAAUAUUUGGGUGGCGAGUGCCAACACCAUC